UUUUUGGCCAGUCCCAGCGAAAUACUGCACGGAGAAGCAAAACCAUCAAUCGACAACCACGAACUCUGUCAAGAUGGUUUCCGCAAAGAAGCACAUCCCUAUCGUGAAGAAGCGCACGAAGCGCUUCACCCGUCACCAGAGUGACCGGUUCAAGUGCGUUGCCCCGGCAUGGAGGAAGCCCAAGGGUAUCGACAACCGCGUCCGCCGAAGGUUUAAGAGCAACCUGGCCAUGCCCUCGAUCGGCUAUGGCUCCAACAAGAAGACCCGCCACAUGAUGCCCUCGGGCCACAAGGCCUUCCUCGUCAGCAACGUGAAGGACGUCGAGCUUCUCCUGAUGCACAACAAGGUCUUUGCCGCAGAGAUCGCUCACAACGUGUCGUCGAGGAAGAGGAUCGAUAUCAUCGCUCGGGCGAAGCAGCUGGACGUCAAGGUCACCAACUCCAAGGCGCGGGUCACGACGGAGGUGUAAAAAGGGACGCUGGGGCUUUUUCACGUUUUGAUGCAUCAGGCGGUUACACGGAAGGGUCUGCUCUUUUGUCUGCGGGUAUUCGGCAUAUACCUCGUGCUAGAGAAAUGAAAACGCAGCUUGCUAGGUCAUUAUGCUGGUCCGCAACCUUCGGUGCUCGGUCUUUCCUCGACCCUCGCUUGAACACAUCCGCAGCCUCCAUUUCCUCCGAUAACGCUGAAUUUUGCGAUACAGCCGGAACAUAUUCCCUGCUGCAUGAACACGCUUUCCAAUGUUGCUGGGC